ACGUAUGCAUUAUGUAUGCACGUAAUCCGCCGCGCCGCAGCUACAGUUACUACAUACAUGUACUGGACUUCCAGUUACCGUACGUGCAAGUCAGCCAUCGCGGUAGACUAUACGGUUAUAAUUCACCGCUGAGAAACCAUCCCCGAAUUGGCCAGAAUUUUUUAACGAGCGUCCUAGUGUUCACCAUGUCGCAGCCUGGCUACCAUCCCACUUGCGUGCUGUUUCAGGGCAACGACUGUGCAUUUGACGGAACCUACCGCCUUGUUUGCAGGCAUCAGAUCAGACCAAAAGACUUUCAACCAGGUGACAAUGUGGAGGUGGACAUGGGAUAUGAUGAUGAUGAUCAUGAUGCAGAAGAACAAGAUGAUAACAGCACAAAUGGAGACGGUGCAAGAUGGCGUGAUGCGAUCGCCCUUGGAGACAAGAUGGUGAUGUCACUGCUCAGGAACAUGUGCAAGAAUCAGCCUGCUGGGAAAACUCCAUGGGGCUCUACCAAUAAACAGGGAAAGAGAAAGGAAGACAGAGAUGAAACAGAUGAAGUUAGAACCAAACGGAUAAAGACAGAGGAAUGCACAACAUCCCAAGAAACUGUUGACAGAGUUGAGGGCCGUUCCAGUCGGAGUGACCAUCUCAUGCAGAGCAUCCUCUCAGCUAUCCACUUCGUCCAGGCAGCCCAGGAUCUUGUCACGUCGGAGCUCUGCAGCAUCCGGCAGGGUCAACAGCUCCUCAGCGACCAAGUAACUGCGAUGCAGAAGACCCUGAACCGCCUGGAGGAUACUGUGAAGCUAUCCGAUACCGCCAGUCAAGACAGCGAGUCUGAGCAAGCCCAACGCCUAUGUCGCUGUUUCUCUCCCCAUCCCCGUCCUCGCAAACUCUUGGGUCCAACAUAACCUCUUCAGGACAAAGAGUGAACAGCCCUGUGGUACAGGCUACAACCUCGAUGCCAUCAACAACAUCAACAAGUAACUACUCGGAGAUCAUUAUAUUGAAUCCAAGAAGCCAAGCCCAGCCUGACUUGUCCACCUUCCCAACCCAGGAUCCCCAGGACCCAAGCCUUUCAACCUUACCCCCUCUUUAUGCCAUCGAGGAACCACCCGAGUCCUAUCCCCAGGUGUCUUACAACUACCACUACACUGACAACACCCAGACCAAAGUCUUUCUGGGCUAUCAGGACUCGCCCGUGACCCUCUUCAAACACGAGAUUGACGCCAUCCUGUCCAAGACCAACACCCCGACGGCCUAUGCCUACCGUCUGGCCGGGAAGAUCUUCACAAACGAGGAACUCUUCAACGGGAACACUACUGGGAAGGGCCAGAUGAGGUGUGGGAAGCCGUUCAAGCAGCUCAAUCUCAAGUACCUCGGCUUGAUCCUGAUGGAGGUGGCAGCACGGUUCCCAACAUUUCACGACACGCAGCAGAGCACCAAGAGGCUACAUGCUGCCAUCAACGAGCGUUGCCGGAACGAGAGGAAGAAGCUUAUCUACCACUACGGCGGCAAAACUAAUCCUAGUGCGACAGUCUAAAACAUGCUAUAACCUUUCCGCAUUUGAGGCCUGUUUUUGGCAAAUAAUAUUGAUUUUUAGAGGACACAGAGGCAAAGUCAGCAUUGUAGGCCUUCCAGGGAUGAAAGCACAUCCCAUCUUUGUUUCUCACAAAAGUUUGUUCUAUGUUUCAUGGAUGUGGUGUGGUUACUAUUUUAAAAGCACUCCCACUAUCUUAUACAAACUUCAUCAAUUGAAACUUGGCUUCUGGAUAAAAAGGGCCCCAAAACGACCUUUUAUAUAUACUUGCUACUCAU